AAAUAAUUUUAAAUAUAUUAAAUCAUUAUGAAUUUACAAAUUUUGAAGAAGUAAAAACUUUAUCAAUUGUUAAUAAAAUGUUUUAUGUUCUCAUGAAAAACAUUUUAUUAAAUAUAUCCUUAAAACAAAUCAAUCAUGAUAAGUAUGAAUUAAAAAUUAAUAACAAAAAUGAAGAUUGUAACGAAUUAAGAUUUGACCAAAUUUCCACAUUAU